AUGCGUUCAUAUCUGCUCACCAUCCUCCAUGGGAGAGAAUCAUUAGAUGAUUUCUGCAAGUUGAUUGCGGAUGUAGGGUUUGCUUUGCGAGAGUUCCGGUUGAGAGUGGAUACUGAUCCCUUUGGAGCGUUUAUGGAUUGGAAUCCUGACGAUAGCGACCCCUGCAAUUGGUCGGGCGUUCAUUGUAUUGGUGGUAAAGUGGCAAUGUUGUAAGUAUGUCAUCCUUUUUCUCCCCCUAAAUUUCUUCUUGAAUCUUGGUCUCCAAAUCACCUAUACCAUCACAUUUAGUUCCUCAAAAAUAUUAACUCAGAUACUACUCUACAUCAAUGUAACUCAGAUAUUUCUAGCAUGUCAUUGCCAUAAGGAUUGCAUGUCCUUGUUAAUGUGGUUUUCCUCUUUCAUCUGUUGUUUUAAGACCUUUUUUUUUAUAUAUAAAAAAUACCCCACAGUUACCGUUGCUGCUUCCAGGCUAUUUCCUCGUCAAAACCUACCACCAGUCGAGGACUUUGUUCUGGAGAAUUUUUCUUUUCCUGAUUUAAUGAUGAUGUUUGGAAGAUAGUUUGAUUACAGAUUUUCUAGCUUCGUAGAGCAUUCUUGUUUUUUCAUGCCAUUUUUAGUCCGUUUGACUUGGAUUAUUUAAAUCUUUUGGCAUGAAGUAUUGAAUCUUUUUUUCUGAGGCAGUUGAAUCCAUAAGAUUCGUGCAGUUGAAUCUAUGAAGCAGCUUUCGUCGGGCAUGAAACCUUUUAUUUUCGUGCAUGCGCCUACUGUAUUUUUUUGUCAAGUUCUGUGGUUUUUUCAUGCGACUGGAGCAUGUCUGAGAGUUAUUUGGACAAGGUGACGUGUUGACGUUUGUCCCAGUCUCUUACAAAAUGUGUUUGUAGGGAUCUGAAAGGAAUGUCCCUGGGAGGGACUCUGGCCCCCGAGCUCGGGAAACUUAGCCACUUGAGAGCCCUGUAAGUGUCAUUACGCUAUCUUUUCUCGACUUGAUUCCAAUUCUAUGAACAUUCUCAUCUUCACUCACUUUUCAUAGUUUUCUUCAGUGUCCAUCUUGUAUAGGCAUUGAAGGCUUUGUAAAUUCUAGAAAUCAUGAGCGUUUACCAUAUUUGCAUUUUUUUACAAAGCCUGAGCAGACCGCAUACUUCUGUUUAGGUGAAAAUAAUGGUGCCUCCAUCACUGAGGACCCAUUGAACGCACAUUUCAUAGUACUCAGGGGAGCACCCAAACCCAAUUUUCUAUAAAUCCAUCUCAGAUGGCGUUCAACUUGAUGUGGGCUACCUGAGGACUGGCCCAACUUUGCCAAUUUUUGUUAGGCUUGUGCUGAGUUUCUUUAUCAGGUUCGGUUAGCUUGAGUUAAAAAUGCUUCAGAUCAUAAUCUGAGUCUAGUGAGGUUGAUACCAACCACUCUGUUAGAACAAAGUCUUCUCAUAAUAUGUGUAAAUGAAUAGCUAUGCUCCCAUAAAAUCCUAAUCAAUAAGGUGCUAUGCUCAUCAUACACUCCGGUCUCCAGUUGGUGCAUAUUUCACAUCAUACACUCUGCCUUAUGUUGUCUUAUACUCCAUCCAGCGGCCAAGGAUUGCUAUCCCCUCAAUUUGGGCAUUUUUCCAGACACUGCUCGCUGUCUGGGUUCUUCUCAAGUUCCAUCUUUGACCUUCCUGUUCUCCAACACGGCCAAUGUUAUCGGAUUUUGCAAUCUGAGUGCCCAAGGUUUGAUUGUCCAAGAAAGAAAAGGAGACAAAAGCCCCUUAUAGUACAGUCAAAGUCAGCAGCUGAGGUUAGCCUAGGCUCGCCUAGUUUUCCCUUUUUUCUAGGGCGAGCGAGUUGGGUAGUCUUCUUGGUCUACUUAACGAGAAAUCAACAUUACUGGAUCAUAGCCGGUCUACAACUAACCAAGAGUCUGACUUGUCAAGAGUCGCCCUGCCACUUCUGAGAGAAAUUGGUGCUGACUGUGGAGGAUUUUGCUUUCGUGAUCCCUUAUUGAUCUCAUACUGAUGAGAUCAAUGUUAAUCUUGAUUUCGUACCUAGAAACUAUGUAUGGUGGAGCCAAGAUUUUUUCUUGAAUGUUGUAGUUCUUAGAUUGACGAUGCCCAGAUGAGGGGCUCCGUGUUUUUCAGUCACUGAUGUGGAGGGAUUACUGUGGCUGCUCUUUCUUCCCACCUUUUUUUUCUUUAUCUCAAGGAGUGUCUGUACGCCCCUGACCAAUCUCAAGAUAGCAAAGUGAAUAUGGUCGUACGCUAAGUAUCCUCCGUCAACAUAAAUCUGGCUGUACGAUGGCUGUAGUCUUGGAUCUACCUCCUCUUUUUUUAUAGGUGCUCGUAUUAUUUACAGCUUGAAUAAUUUUGAUCGUUGUGGUUCAAUUAAACGCCUCAUUCAUCGAACAUAAUUUUAUUUUCUCUGUCACAUUAAAUUAAUUUUGAUAUUUAUGUUGUCAGAAUUCUUCUCAAGAACAACUUUUCUGGCGUAAUUCCCAAGGAGAUUGGGGGCUUAUAUAUGCUAGAGCUCUUAGACCUGAGGGGUAAUAAUCUGACCGGUGAAAUUCCGAUGGAAAUUGGGAACAUGAUGUCACUCAAGCACCUGUACGUCCUUUGUAAUGUUCUACUAUUGUACUACCCUUGGCUGUAAAUAAACGUAAUGCUUUGUUGUUAUUCCUGGAUUUCAGUUUUCUCUGUAACAACAGUUUUCAUGGUGGCAUCCCCAUAGAUGCGGUAAAUCUCAACAUGCUCUUGGAGUCGCAAGAUAAUGAUUGCCCAUUACUUGAUAUGGAUCUCGAGAUAAGUUAUUUGAACAGGAAACUCCAACAUUGGUAAGAAAAUUUCCUUCUGUUGAGUUUGAGCAUUAUAACCGCUAG